AUGAGCGGCUACCAAAACGGAGAGCGGCCCGUCCGCGUCGACGACGACAGCGACGUCGAGGAGGAGGCCCUCGUCAACGACUACAAGGAGCAGGUCCAGUAUGAGGACAACAUUGGCGAGGACCUCGAGCAGGUCAACUCCCUGACCAUGGCCCAGCAGACGGACGACAUCCAGUCGCGCCUCGCCGCCGCCGCCCAGCCCCUCGACUUCUCCGCGCCCCUCGAGGUCAAGUUCCAGAGCUACGACUCCUACUGCAGCCUGUUCCACUUCAUCCUCAACAGCGAGGGUCCCGUCGACCUCGAGCCCCCUUCGUACUACUGGGCCUGGGACGUCAUCGACGAGUUCAUCUACCAAUUCAACUCCUUCUCGUCCUACCGCAUGCGCAUCGCCCGCCAGGGCAACAAUGAGGAGGAGAUGCAGGUCCUCAAGGAGAACCCAAACACCUGGGGCUGCUACUCGGUCCUCAACGUCCUCUACUCUCUCAUCCAGCGCUCCCAAAUCACCGAGCAGCUGGCCGCCAUGCGCCGCAACGAGGACCCCAUGGCCGUCGCGGGCGAGUACGGCUCCAAGAACCUCUACCGCAUGCUGGGCUACUUCUCCAUCAUCGGUCUCCUCCGCGUCCACUGCCUCCUCGGCGACUUCAGCCUCGCCCUCAAGACCCUCGAUGACAUUGAGCUCAACAAGAAGGCCAUGUUCGCCCGCGUCAUGGCCGCCCACUUCACCACCUACUACUACGUUGGCUUCUCCUACAUGAUGAUGCACCGCUACGCCGACGCCAUCAAGAUGUUCUCCCACAUCCUCGUCUACGUCUCCCGCACAAAGAACUUCCAAAAGAACGCCCAGUACGACUCCAUCACCAAGAAGAACGACCAAAUGUACGCCCUCAUCGCCAUCUGCGUCGCCUUCCACCCCACCCGCCUCGACGACACCAUCCACUCCGCCCUCCGCGAGAAGUACGGCGACCAGCUCCUCAAGCUCCAGCGCGGCGGCCCCGAGUCCCUCCCCAUCUUUGAGGAGCUCUUCCGCUCCGCCUGCCCCAAGUUCAUCUCCCCCGUGCCCCCAGACUUUGAGAACCCCGAGUCCAACAUCGACCCCGUCGAGCACCACCUCGCCGUCUUCAUGGAGGAGGUCAAGAUCAACAUGAUGAGCCCCACCGUCAAGUCCUACCUCCGUCUCUACACCACCAUGGACCUCAACAAGCUGGCCGGCUUCCUUGAGGUCAAGCCCGACGAGCUCCGCUCCUGGCUCCUCGUCAACAAGCAGCGCACCAAGCAGCUGCGCUGGACCGACCACCCCAGCCUGUUGGACGGUGACCUUAUCAACGUCAGCGACCUGGACUACGCUAUGCAGGGUGACCUGAUCCACAUCUCGGAAGCCAAGGUCGGCCGCAAGCUGGUCGACUGGUACCUCCGCAACCUGUCCCGCACGUACGCUUGA